AUAUUAAAAUAACUAUAAGAUUCAAUGAGGUAUCCUGGAUAAUAUUUUACCUUAAAAUUUGAUAAUAGCCAAUAGAUUUACUCUAAUAUCAGAGCUGAGCCCAAAUGUCCUAUGUUGUAGAGAGAGUAAACAAAAUGUGCUCGGACAUCCUCUUAUAAUAUUAUUAUUAUCUAUACAUAUAACAGUCUACAGCAGUUAACUACCUAGCCUUAUAAUGCUAGUGGAUGAAAAAUUAAUAAUCUUUUAUUAUUUUCACGAACAACUAUUUAAUUAUCAAAGAGACGAUUUCAAGAAACGAGCAUCUGUGCUACCUUAUUCCUUAAGUAUCGUGAAAUAUAUCAUAUAGGUACGUUUAAAAUAACAAAAUAUGCACAAAAAAUGGUCGACUGUAUUUAUUUUAAAAAUAAAUAAUUUAGUGAAGGUAUACCGUAUACGUAUACGUACUACGAAAUAUUUGUUGUGACUAUAGUGAUAAAAAAUAACCAAUAAAAACUUGGUAGGUAUACUCUGUUCAGGAUAAGAAUGCCCAAAUUCGCGGAUAAAUAUUGAAUAAAGUGCCAAUUAUAAUGCAUUAUGCAUUAGUAAUACAAUUAUAAUAUUCUAUUAUAGUUUAAAUAAAAUAGUUCUAUACAGAAUACAGUCCUCGUUAUAUUUAUACAGUCAUCUAUACAAACAUGCGUACAUUAUAUAUUAUGUCCGUUUACUACAUAACUAUUUUUUUCUUAUUUUGUAUGUAUUAUAUUAAAAGGUAUAUUGAACUAUCGAAAUAUAUUGAAACAAAAAUUUAAGUACCUAUACAUUUCACCACCUGCAGUAUAAACGCCGCCGAUAUAUUCACUGACAUUUAAAAAUAUAUAUAUAUCAUGUAAAUACUAAAAAAUCCGUUCUCUGAUAAUAACUCGUUCUACUUUGCCUGUUAAGAUAUUUUAGCCGUCGCAGAAAAUGCUAUGUACCCAGAAAAUAUUAUGUACCUAUAGGUAUGCAUUUUCCUACUUCACCGUUAAAAUUGAAUAUGCACAUAUUAUAUUUUGUACACAACGACAGAAUAUUUUAACAAACUGUCGGUCGUGAUUGCUUGUAUGCAUGAAUACAUUUGUGAGAUGAUAUAGGCAUAUAAUGAGCCUGGUAUACGUAUAUAAUAAUUAUUAUGACAUAUCCAAAUUAAAACUAUAAAGUCAAAUCAUAGUAUAUAGGAAAAAAAUCCAUAUCUGCAUUUAAUAUUGCGAUUAAUAAGUAAUAACAUAACGAUGUGGUCCGGCAAAGCCGUUUUUCUUAGUAAAAUUAUAGAAAAGACGUUGCGUGUCGUAUAUUGUUAUAAUACUAUUGUGUUGUUAGGUGUCGUAAAGGCGCAGUUGCAUGCGCGAUUACCAUAAUAGUGUGCGAAUUCCUCAUUACCUAAUGCGCUAAAGACAAUGUUUUCCGAAAAUUUCGCUUUUGCCGGUCGCUGGUGAUUACGGUGGGCUCCAAAUGCCCCCUACUGCCAAGCCGACCAUUUGCAAACGACGAUGCCCGUAGACGUCUGCUAUAUAAACCCAAAACGCCAGUCGAAAAGGCACAUAACUCCUUCAGUCGUCUCUUCGAACACACGCACCUGAACAAGUCUCCGCAGUUAAACAUACUCGACUUCACUCGACAUCACUCGACGAACACUCGAAAAACCUUCCACAAUUCCAUAAAACUUCAACAACAACAACAACAUGUACAAGUACACAGUCAUGAUCGCAGCGGUGGUUGUUGUAUUGGCUUCUCUGGCCAGCUCCGUUCCGGCCACUUCCGCCCAGACAGCGGCCAACAAAUUCGACAUGAUGCCAUCCGCGGCCACAUCCAUUCACAACCAUCACGUCAAGCCAGAGCACCAUUCAAUGUUCGCGUCCGAGGCCAAUAGAGGACAGUCAAACAAUGGCGGCAGCCUACUGGAGUCCGGUCUGUCCGGGUUGUUCGAGGCGAUCAGCAUCCCGAAGAAGAUCGUCGGUGCCUUGGUUGGCAAAGUGUUCGGUCUCCUAAAGUCCAUCGACCUGAAAGGACUCAUCAAGAUCGCUUUGGUUGGAGGAGCGGUGGUUUUAUUGGGAGCUGUGGCCGCAGCCGGCGCUGCCGGUAUCGCCGCCGUCGUGGCUUUGGUGAGCGCCGCACUCCCGUACUUCCGUUUCUUCUUCGGCGGUCACAAGGGCGAGGCAUCCGACUCCGACAUGGAAAACAUCAGUGAAUUCGUUUUGGGCGCUUUCAACAAGUACGACAGCCAGCACAAGGCGUGAUGACGCGACUCGUCGCUACAAUACUAUAAUAUUACAUAAUUAACCGGUCGGUUUUAUUUAUUGUACAUUUCACACAGCGUUGAUAAUGGUUUACCUAUAUUUAUAUUAUUUAUAUAUUAUUAUUAUUUUUCGAGUAUGAUAAUAAACAAAAAUAUUCUACUCUUAU